AUGACAGUAAGUGACGGUCGUCAUGCGGUCGUCUUCGGAUGCUCAGGGAUAAAUGGCUAUGCCCUUGUCAACCAGCUGCUGUCCGGCUAUCCAUCAGCGUCUGCUUUCUCUAAAGUCACAGCUAUCUCGAACCGCCCAUUCAAAGCGGAUAAGAGCCUGUUUCCUGCGGAUGAUCAAUUGCAGGUGGUUUCAGGCAUUGACCUACUGAUCAACGAUGAUGCUGCGCUGAUCCAGUCUCUGUCCAAGAAGGUUUCCUGCGUGGAUACCAUUACCCACGUUUACUACGCAUCAUACUUUCUCAGCAUGGACCCUGAGGAAGAAUGCCGUCUGAACAAAGAGAUGCUUCGAGCGGCAGUGCAGGCUGUCGAAACGCUUUCUACGAGGCUUUCUUUCGUCACCCUGAUUACGGGAACGAAGGCAUACGGUAUCCAUCUUGUUGGUAAUUUUCCCUUUCAAGGGCAAACCCCGUUGCGGGAGGAUCUUCCUCGUAUUCCUGAAGAGUACGGCAAAGACCUCUUUUAUUAUCGCCAGGUUGAUCUCCUACAGUAUCUCUCUGCUGGAAAGACCUGGUCCUGGUGUGAAGUGGGCAUUGCCCCCUUCGGAAACGCCCACUGCUUAGCCCAGACAAUGGGAAUAUACCUGAGCAUAUACAGGGAGUUCGAAGGCGAGGGAGCCCCCGUAGCCUUCCCUGGAAACGAGGCGGGAUGGAGGCUGCUCUCCAACGACUCGAAUCAAGAUAUUAUUGCGCGAUUCUGUAUUCAUGCAUCACUCCAGCCGCGAGAAAAAGUGCACGCGCGCGCUUUUAACAUCGCGGAUGAACAGACACCCGUGUCUUGGUUGCAUCGGUGGCCAAUCCUAGCGGCAUAUUUUGGGUUAGAAGGCGUCGGACCGGAUCACUCUUCAUUGCACCCGACUGAGUAUAUCGAUCGGCGAUGGGGAGAUAUUCAACAACUCUGUCAGCAGAGGGGCAUCAAUGAGGAGGUAGUUUACAAGAGUAUGCAUAACAACGGAUCAAGGAUGGGAACCCUGCGUUACUUGGACUUUGAUCGUCACUUGGAUUUAUCUCGAGCCAGGGACGUAGGAUUUCACGAGGAGUUGGAUACUGCGGGCUCCUGGCAUGGAGCGUUUGAUCGCCUGCGCGAGGCGAAGAUCAUGAUGUAA